AUGAAGACGCUGGCUACAGUUGAACCUACAAAGCAACGAACUGCGCUAUCGACAUCCAAGUUUCAGUGGACACAAGAGAUUGGAGUGUUUCAGUCCAAUCCAACACCCUCCCCCACCACGGCGAUACAGGUCACCUCCACGAUUGCAGCGGUUGACUGCGCCGACAAGCCGGACAGACCAGAUAUGAACGAGAAGACAAGAAAAUAUCUUCGGGCGAUCAUGAACUCCAGUGUGGAAACAGAUCUGUCGCAGUUGAACUGCGGUUCCUUGCAAAGACAGCGAUAUUCCAGUCUUCACUACCUUCCGACAUCCACACAGAAGCCUCGGUACUUCUUUGCGUUGGACCUGUUUCAAUCAGCUCAUCUCAUAACACAGCUUCUUGGGUCAAUCGUCGAGGUCAUACGAUUUUUGGGCCCCGACCUUUGUGUUCUUUCGGUGGUUGAAGGGAGAUCCACGGACGGAACAUUCGAGGUGCUGAAAGGCUUGAGUCAUGAGAUGGAAAGUAUUGGUGUCAGGUAUCACUUGUCUUGCAACGAGUUGGAUCCGAUGGGAGAAGGCAUGGAUCGCAUCUUGACGCUGGCACAGCUCCGCAACCAAGCACUUUGGCCUUUGACGAGACAUGCGGAGCGAUAUGACCCUUCUACAACAGUCAUUUUCUUGAAUGACAUUGCUCCAUGUGCGGAAGAUAUCUUGGAGCUGAUUCACCAACGGGUAGUGCUCAAGGCAGACAUGACGUGUGCGAUGGACUGGAUCCAUGAUGGUGAGACAUUCUACGACGUCUGGAUCGGAAGGCAGUUGAAUGGGGAUUCGUUCUUCGAGGUUCCCCAGAGCGUCUCCUGGGAGUUCUCUCACAACCUGUUCUGGAACCACGAAGAGAGUAAGUCAAGAUAUUCUGCCGGAAACCCAGUACAGGUGUUCUCGUGUUGGAACGGGGCAGUUGCAAUCACUGCGAGCCCUUUUCUCGAAGGCCAGGUAGAGUUUAGGUCACACCACGAAGGCGAGUGUCAUCUUGGGGAGCCAGUUCACUUGGCAAAAGAUCUGUGGAAAAUCGGCCAUGGCAAAAUCGCAGUCCUUCCGAACGUCAAUAUUGGAUACAGCAUUGACUUUUCGGCCAAAGCUAAAGAAAAACAUGGCACAGUAUCAGCGUGGGCCGAAAAGGGGUUCGACGCAGCGAACAGCAUAGUAUGGCAAGAACAGCCUCCUGGCCAAAUCAAGUGCAUGGUGUCUUGGGAACAUCCUUCGUGGGAGCCAUGGGAUCUGAGCUUGUGA